AUGAAAGCCAAGUUCCUGGGAAAUGCACCCUGUGGCCCCUACAAGUUCAAGUUCCCCCAGACAGUGCGGACAGAAAGUAGCCUCGGGGCCAAAGUAUUCUUCAAAGCACUACUCUUAACAGGAGACUUUUCCCAGGCUGAGAAGAAGGGCCGGCGCAUGUGGGUCAGCGAGGAGGAGCUGGGGGACUAUUUGCAACCCAAAUACCUGGCCCAGGUGAGGAGGUUCCUGCUGGACCUCUGA